AUGACCAGCAUGUUAAGCCCCAGCACUGUGACUGAGACGCUGGACCCUCCUGAGAUAUCAGAGUGCAACCGAAAUGCUGCCGACAUCUCCGUCAUUGUUGUCUAUUUCGUGGUGGUGAUGGCUGUUGGGCUGUGGCUGAACGCCUCUCUCUUUGCCAGUAAUAUCGCCAGUUGUCACUUCGUGGGGCUGACAGGGAUGGGAGCGGAUUCAGGAAUCGCCAUUGCAGCAUUUGAAUGGAAUGCCUUGCUGUUGUUGCUGGUCCUAGGGUGGUUCUUUGUCCCCAUAUACAUCAAGGCAGGGGUGAUGACCAUGCCAGAAUAUAUGAGGAAGCGGUUUGGUGGGAAGCAACUCCACUACCUCUCCGUUCUCUCCCUGUUCAUCUGUGUGGCUUUGAGAAUCUCAUCAGACAUAUUUUCUGGAGCCAUAUUCAUCACACUGGCCUUGGGAUUGGACCUUUAUCUGGAGAUCUUCAUCCUCUCGGCUAUCACUGCCAUUUGCACAACCACUGGUGAGUCCAUUGCAUGUUUGGCUCAGUCACGCUACUUCUGCUGA